GGUUUGUUCUUACAAAGAUCGAUUGAAAACCUUACAAAAAGCAGAUCAGGAAACCCUGGAAUAUAUGAUUUGAUAGAUCUUCAUCUCCUCUUUCGAAUGGUGAAAACCACAGUUCUCUAUCCUGUUUUUAUCAAAAGUUAUUUGAAAAAUACUCAUUCGUAUUUUUUAAAAUGAGCAUUAUUAUAACCAGCACAUAAGAUCACAACACAGAUCUUAUCGAAAUUUUUUUAUUAUGAUAUUAGUUGAAGUAUGAUCAAAAAGCAUAGAAAAAUAGAGCAUUCUUUUCUCUAUCAGACUAUAUACAAAGAAAGUCUCUUAAAGCUUUUUAUAAGGAAUAAAAAUACUACUGCCACUACUUUUGGAUUGCCCUAAGUAGAAGACUUACGUAAAACUUAGAUCAUUAUAAAGGAAAUACUCGAACCUAUUUCAUCUAUAGAAAUUCAUUCAAAUCAAAUCUUUAGAACUUAAAAGUUGUCAUAUAGAUCUAUCUAGUUCGUUCUUAUUGAAAACUUCUAGGCAAAUAUGAGCAAUUGUUUGCAUGGACAAACUAAUUGUUUUUGGAUAAAACGAUGCUUCUUCAACUUUCUUAUUUUUGUUUAAUAGUAAUGGAAGGAAAUUAUUACAUUAUUUAGACCAACAUAUGAUCCAAAUUUGCCACUUUCUGGUUAUGUUGUAUCAUCAGCUGAUCGUUUAUCAAGUUCUGUUGCAACGAUAAAAAAAAAGAAUUUGAACGAUUAGGUGGAACAUUUUCAUCAAAAAUUGAUGAAACUGUUGGAAUUGUUAUUAGUUCUCAAGGUGUUUCUCAUAUUGAUUUGAUAUUGUUUUAUUUGAUAUUUUUUCUUUUAUAAAAAGAUAAGAUUCAAAAACUAAGUAAAACACUUCAAGAAGCUCAAACAUUGAAUAUUUACGUUGUCUCAGAAGAUUUUUUAAAUGAAAUACAAAAAGGUCGUCCAUCAAUAAUUAUGGAAAAAUGUAAAAUAUCUAGUUGGGGAAUUUUACCACAUAUUCGACAACAAACUAAAACUGAUGAAGAAGCAAAAAUCAAAUCUGGUCGACAAUCAUUUACAAUAUUAUCAGGCAAAUCAAAUUCCAAGUUUUUUUUUAUCAAAUAA